AUGUGGAGGUCAAAGAGUUAGAAAGCUGGAAACAACCUCUCUCUCUCAUCUCACUACUUUCCCCUUCGCUACUCCUAAUCUCCCCACCCUCCCUCCAUCUCUCCUCUCCUCCCCUCCAGGUGUAUGUCUGGUGAUGGGCUGUAUAAUCUACCCUGAUGGCUGGGACAGUGACGAGGUGCGGAGGAUGUGCGGGGAGCAGACGGACAAGUACAGCCUGGGAGCGUGCUCCAUGCGCUGGGCUUACAUCCUGGCUAUCAUGGGGGUCCUGAAUGCCCUCAUGCUCUCCUUCCUGGCCUUCGUACUGGGCAACAGGCAGGACGGACUCAUGACCGAGGAACUGCUGGCCGAGAGCAAGGGUAAGACUGGAGUCCAUGCAGUCCAUUAG